CGCCGCGCAGCACUGGGACUCGCGCCCACACCGCAGCCCGGCCAGCCUGCUCCGCGCUCGCCUGCCUGUCUGCCCGCCGACCCCGUGCGCCCUCGCUGCCGCGGGUCUGCGUCCCUCGACCCCACCGGCACCAUGCACCUCUCCCAGCUGCUGGCCUGCGCCCUGCUGCUCACGCUACUCUCGCUCCGGCCCUCCGAAGCCAAGCCCGGGGCGCCGCCGAAGGUCCCGCGAACUCCGCCGGGAGAGGAGCUGGCUGAGCCCCAGGCUGCGGGCGGCGGUCAGAAGAAGGGCGACAAAACUCCCGGGGGCGGAAGCGCCAACCUCAAGGGCGACCGGUCGCGACUGCUCCGCGACCUGCGCGUGGACACCAAGUCGCGUGCGGCGUGGGCCCGCCUUCUGCAUGAGCACCCCAACGCGCGCAAAUACAAAGGAGGCAACAAGAAGGGCUUGUCCAAGGGCUGCUUCGGCCUCAAGCUGGACCGGAUCGGCUCCAUGAGCGGCUUGGGAUGUUAGUGCGGCGACCCCUGGCGGCGCAUGUCCCAAACGGCUCCUCACCAUCUCCCCGCCUCCAUCAUGCCUGGGACCCCUGUUUCUGGCGUGUCCUCAACAACCUCUACCAGGGCUGGAAACUCCUGUGCUCCCUUCAGUCCCUGCCGGGUGCUGCAUCCUGGCAGUGUUGCAAAGACCCUCCCCACCUCCCCCCUCCUGUCCGUCCCUGCUGCCCAUCAGUUCUCACGGAGAAACGGAGCCCACCUCUGAAAGUGACAUUCAAGUGCUUUAGGAUCUGACUCUUUUUGGCAUCCAACAUUUCCCGGCAGCCUCACGGCUGCCAUUCUGGAUCACACAGCCUGUCUGUCCCACUCUGAGACCACGGGGAAGCGGCUCUCUUACCCUGGAAGCCUUGUCAGCCUCCACGCUGUCUGCCCCCAGAAGGCAACAAGAGCGCCCCUCUUUGAAGCUCGUCAGCACAUUGCCUAAGCCUUUUUGACAGCACGGAACCCUUUUUCAACAGAGCCAUAGUUGCUUG